AUGACAAGUUCAGGCAAAAUUGAAGAAUUUAAAGCUGCUAAAAAGGUCACUUCAAAGAGUAAAAACAACAAAAAUGUGAAUGACAGACACCAUGUUGCAAACGGUGCCAUGCCAACUGCAGUUGAAGGGGACACGCGUAAGGGUCUUGAUGGUGGGACAAUGCACAAUGUUUAUGAUUGCAACACGUCGUGGAAUAUAUACAGGUGUCACAGAAAAAGUUCUUCUAAGAUGCCAGGGAAGCCUGACACUGAUGAUUGGCGUGUAGAACACGGAGAGCAGAUUCAGUUUCAGCCUUGGUGGCGCGCAGUGGGGGAAAAUGCCUCCAAAUCAUCUUCAGCUGAUCAGUUUAAUGGUUCUCCUUCACUGCCUGGAACUGAUAAGUCAGGUGCCUGUGGCGGUGGCGCUAAAGAGUACCAAAACAUCAAACAUGACCUGUCUUCAAUCCCAUUUACCAUGGACAAACACCUUGCUCCAAAUCUACAUUCGGAAUUUGUUGGUCAUUCAGUUGUUUUAGCAUCUCCAUAUUCAGAUGCACAGUAUGGUCAAAUAUUGACUACUUACAGGCAACAAGUUAUGAUAAACCCUCAAUUGUAUGGAAUGCAUCAGGCUAGAAUGCCUUUGCCACUUGAAAUGGAAGAGGAGCCUGUUUAUGUUAAUGCAAAGCAGUAUCAUGGAAUUUUGAGGCGAAGACAAUCACGUGCUAAGGCCGAGCUUGAAAAGAAAGUAAUUAAAAACAGAAAGCCAUACCUCCAUGAAUCCCGGCAUCUACACGCCAUGAGAAGGGCAAGAGGCAACGGCGGCCGCUUUCUUAACACAAAAAAGCUCAAAAAUGACAGUUCUAAUGUCACUUCUGACAAAGGCAACAAUAGUGGUGCAAACCCCUCCACAAACUCACUUAACACUCAACAUAUGCUCACCAACAAUGAGAAUCUAGGCUCAUCAAACGUGGUUCAGGACAUGCACAGAGUGCAGACUUUCAACAAUGUUUACCAUAAUGGGAAUGGUCUUACAGCACUAUACCAUUCACAAGUGAAUAGGAAAAAGGAGGGAGACUACUUUGGUAAAGAGAGAGACCCUGUUGGGGCUUUCAAAUAA